UCUCACAUCCUAUUGUAGAUUACAUAGCAUACACAAUACAUUCUCUGUUUCCAACACAAAAAAUGUCCUCUCUCCUCCUCCUCCUCCUCAUCCUCCUCCUUCCCUUGGCCAUAGCAGAGCCACUCCGGCCGGGGUUUUACGCCGAGACAUGCCCUGAAGCAGAACUAAUAGUGAGGGAUGUGAUGAGGAAGUCAAUGAUUAGAGAACCCAGAAGCGUUGCCUCUGUCAUGCGCUUCCAAUUUCAUGAUUGUUUUGUCAAUGGUUGUGAUGCUUCUCUGUUGCUGGAUGAUACACCCACCAUGCUUGGUGAAAAACUUGCUCUGUCAAACAUUAAUUCUCUAAGAUCUUUCGAAGUUGUCGAUGAAGUCAAGGAUGCGUUGGAGAAGGUCUGUCCAGGUGUUGUCUCUUGUGCAGAUAUCAUAAUCAUGGCUUCCAGAGAUGCUGUUGUGUUGACUGGAGGACCCAAUUGGGAAGUGAAGCUAGGAAGAAAGGACAGCUUAACAGCAAGUCAAGAGGAUUCAAACAACAUAAUGCCUAGUCCAAGAGCCAACGCAAGUCUCCUGAUAAACCUAUUUGAAAGAUUCAACCUUUCCAUCAAAGACCUUGUAGCACUUUCUGGGACGCAUUCAAUAGGUCAAGGCAGGUGCUUCUCUAUCAUGUUCAGGCUCUACAAUCAGUCAGGUUCAGGCAAGCCUGAUCCAGCAAUUGAACCAGUAUACAGAGAAAAACUAAACCAGCUUUGUCCAGUUGGUGUUGAUGAGAAUGUAACAGGUGAUCUAGACGCAACACCUCGGAUAUUCGAUAACCAAUACUUCAAGGACUUGGUUUCUGGAAGAGGGUUUCUGAAUUCUGAUCAAACACUCUUUACAUUUCCAAAAACUAGAAAUUAUGUGAACCUGUUUAGCCAAAACCAGUUAGCAUUUUUUGAGGCAGUUGUUGAAGGAAUGAUCAAGUUGGGUGACUUGCAGUCUGGACGGCCCGGAGAGAUCAGGCGCAAUUGCAGGAUCACCAAUAGCCAGGCUAUGGACUUAUGCUCCAAUGUUGAUGGACAGAGGCAUAUAAUGUUGACUGAAGCAGUAUGAUUAUAUUCAAUAUGAGUGUCUGUAGAGAUAGAGAGAGAGACAUGAUAAGAUUAGUGAAUUAUUGAGAAUCACAGAACGAUGAGGUUAAAUUUCUUACAGGUUAUGAUAACUUGAAUGUAUUAGUUUGCUUGUUUAAUUAUGUUGUACAUGGAUUAUGUAUGCUUUGAUUCGUAGCCUUUUCACCGGUUUCUAUAA